AUGGCUAUUGAUCGAGUCUAUUCAUCGUUUUGGCUUUUUGGACUGCUAAACAAUGUGCUUUAUGUGGUGAUCUUAUCAGCUGCAGUGGAUUUGGUGGGUCCUUUAAUUCCCAAGGCCACCGUUCUUUUAGCUGAUAUUUUACCAGCUUUCUUAAUCAAAAUAUCAGCCCCCUUUUUCAUUCAUUUGAUUCCUUAUCCUAAAAGAAUUGCUUCAUUGAUUGUCUUAAGUGUCAUUGGUAUGUUACUGGUUACAUUUGGCUCUUUAGGACUGAAAAUAUUAGGGAUUAUUUUAGCAUCAUUAAGUUCAGGAUUAGGAGAAAUUACAUUUUUACAACUUACACAUUUUUAUGGUGAAACUGGUCUCAAUGGUUGGAGUUCAGGUACUGGAGGUGCAGGAUUAAUUGGAAGUGGAAUCUAUAUGUUGUUAACUACGGUAAUUGGAAUAAGUGUUCAAAGUUCAUUAUUAUUAUUUAGUAUUUUCCCAUUUGGAUUUUUAUAUUAUUAUAAAUUACCAGCAGUUCAUAAUUAUCAGCCAGUGGAAACACCACCAUCUUCAUCACCAUCUACAGAACAAUUAGAAACUCAACCUACUUCAAUAUCAACUAAAUUUGAUUUACAAAGACAUAUCACAAAUACAAUUGGAAAAUUGAAAAAAUUGAUUAUACCAUUUAUGAUUCCAUUAUCAACAGUUUAUUUAGCAGAAUAUCUCAUAAAUCAAUCAGUUGCACCAACUUUAUUAUUUCCAUUAGAAGAGAUGCCAUUCAAGGCAUUUAGAGAUGUCUAUGUUGCAUACGGUACGUUAUAUCAAUUAGGUGUUUUCAUUUCACGUUCUUCAGCAACUUUUAUAAGAAUUAGAAAUCUUUAUAUUCCUACAAUAUUACAAUCUAUUAAUUUGGUUGUAUUAGUGUUACAAUCAUUAUAUUAUUAUAUUCCAAAUGUCUAUUUAAUAAUGUUGAUUGUAUUUUAUGAAGGAUUAUUAGGUGGUGCAGCUUAUGUCAAUACAUUUAUGCUAGUUAUUGAUACAGUUCCUGAAAAAGAUCGUGAAUUUUCACUUGGUGCAACUUCAAUGAGUGAUUCUGGUGGUAUUGUUAUAUCUGCAUUGAUUGGUCUAUGGUUGGAACCAAACUUGUGUAAUUAUCAAGUAGAUCAUGGUAGAGAAUGGUGUAAACUUCAUUGA